AUUGAUAACAUCUUGGCUCCUGUGCUACUCCUGGCAAGUGCAUUGCAUCCCGUUAUAGAGAACAGCAUGUCAUUCAUCCAUGGCCUUUUCUUCUCAUUCAAUACAAUUACUACGAUUGGACUCGGGAAUAUUUAUGUGAAAAGUCAUUUUUACCUAGCCGUGAGUUCAAUAAAGUACUGGUCUCAAUUUUUGCAGCGCAGCGACGACUAA